GAGUUGAGGGAUGGAGAUAAGGCGUUACGGCCGGAAGGGGUGUUGCAGGCGUGAGGAACAUUAAUGAGAGCUUGGCGCCGAAGCUUGUUGGUGUUGAUGUCAGGAACCAAGAUGAUGUUGAUGCUGUCAUGCUUGAGAUAGAUGGGACUCCAAAUAAAUCAAAACUUGGUGCUAAUGCCAUUCUUGGGGUAUCCCUUAGUGUAUGCCGGGCUGGGGCAGGGGCUAAAGGAAUUCCUUUAUACAAACAUAUUCAGGAAAUAUCUGGAACAAAGGAGCUUGUUAUGCCAGUUCCAGCUUUCAAUGUGAUAAAUGGUGGCAGCCAUGCUGGUAACAAUCUGGCAAUGCAAGAGUUUAUGAUACUACCAGUGGGUGCUAGUUCAUUUGCUGAGGCUCUUCGUGUGGGCAGUGAAGUUUAUCAUAUUCUAAAGGGCAUUAUAAAGGCUAAAUAUGGGCAAGAUGCAUGCAAUGUUGGAGAUGAAGGUGGCUUUGCUCCCAAUGUUCAGGAUAACAGGGAGGGUCUGGUCUUGCUUAUAGAUGCAAUUGAAAAGGCUGGUUACACUGGAAAGAUCAAAAUUGGAAUGGACGUUGCUGCCUCCGAGUUUUUAACAAAGGAUGGGAGCUACGAUCUAGAUUUCAAGAAGCAGCCAAAUGAUGGAGCUCAUGUUCAUUCGGCUCUGAACCUGUGUGAACUCUAUAGAGAAUUUGUUAGAGACUUCCCAAUCGUAUCAAUUGAGGAUCCGUUUGACCAAGAUGACUGGAGUUCUUGGGCAUCAUUGCAAUCCUCUGUUGACAUUCAACUUGUAGGAGAUGAUCUGUUGGUGACAAAUCCAAAGAGAAUAGCUGAGGCAAUUCAGAAGAAGGCUUGCAAUGGUUUACUUCUAAAGGUUAACCAAAUUGGUACAGUUACUGAGUCCAUAAGAGCUGCUCUUGACUCAAAAGCUGCCGGAUGGGGUGUAAUGGUCAGCCAUCGUAGCGGUGAGACAGAAGACAAUUUCAUUGCAGAUUUAUCUGUUGGGCUAGCAAGUGGACAGAUUAAAACAGGAGCCCCAUGCAGGAGUGAGCGUUUGGCCAAGUACAAUCAGCUACUGCGUAUUGAAGAGGAACUUGGGGAUGUGCGCUAUGCUGGAGAAGCCUUCAGAUCUCCUUAGGAAUAUAAAUUUAGCAUUCUUUUGGGAGAAAUAAGGUACCGAGCCAAAUGCAUUACAGUUUAGGAGUUAAGGUCAAGCAAGAGGCCAGAAUAUUUUGUAAAAUUGAUCAGUUCAGAUGUAUCUGGAAAUGACAUCUGUUGAUCUCAAUUACCAGGGGUUAUAAUAGCUGUUUUACCUACUUGAAAUAACUUUCAAGUUACAGUAUCUUUGUAUUGAUGUUGUUAAAUGGAAUCAUCCAAUUCAUCAUUGUAUUGGCUUCUGUUUUGUCGAGUAAGUUGUUGUUUGUAACCUUUGUAUCAGUCUUUACGUCUUUACAGACUGAAAAGAGGAAGUUGUAACCGUAUCUUGCCCAUUUUCUAUAAUUCUGGAGUAUUGCUUUUUGGCUAUGAAAUGGUAUUGGACUCUUCAUAUGUU